AUGCUGUUCGAAAAUCAACUCAGAGGAAAAGCUGUGCGGUCCAGAGAUCAUUUGCACACAAUUCUCACGGAAAUCGAAACAUGUCUAAAUUCUCGACCAUUGACUUAUCAGAGUUUCUCCCAAGAAGAAUUGACAGCAAUACGCCCUAUCGAUUUCUACCAGAAGAAUUUGGAGGUAACAUUUUCAUUGAGAGGAAAAGCCAAAACCACAGAAGAUACCACAUAUUUGCCGCCUGAAGAAGCACGAGCAUUACGAACGCGCCGUGACGCGGAGGAAGCGAUUCAGUCAUCAUGCAAAUUCACUGAACAGUUUUGGAAAGUGUGGCAACAUCAUUACUUGACUAGCCUGCAAGAACAACAACUAAGGAACAUCUCAAGAAAAAGACUUGGACAAGAAACUCCCACAGUGGGGUCGAUAGUGCUUAUCAGCGACCCAGUCUUACCAAGAAAUUCGUGGAAAUUGGCACGUAUAACGGAUAUUCGACGUGGAAUAGAUGGUGUAAUUCGAGAGGCAGAGCUAGUGACCAGUAACAGACGUAAAGUUAGACGACCAGUGAAUCUGCUAAUUCCACUCGAAAUUGUCGACGACAUCAGCGAGACGACAGAUAAAGAGUUAACGUCGUCAUUGAAUGAAAAUUCAAAAGAAGAAACGUUGGAGAAGCCCUAUAACCUCAGAUCCCGGCAGAUGAGCUGUAAUGUAGAGAAUGUUGUGACGACCACAAGAAGAAGAAAUCCGCGCAACUCAAGAACGAAAUGGUUUCUAUUCUAUAUUAUGGUCCUGACAUUAACUACUCUUGUAUGA